AUGUUGAAUGAUUCUGUAAUCGCGUUCUUUGUCGGAGUUGCGACAAUGUUUUCGUUUCAUAAUUUAAUAGUUUCGAUAUUAGAUUACCUACAACGUCAUCGUUAUUAUAAUAAAAAAUCCUCGGCGACUUUGAUUGUAUUUUUAAAAUUUCUUUUCGAAAUUUUUAAUAUCACACGGCUUAUUUGUAAAUUUGGAUUGAUUAUUAUUACAAAAAAUCCAAAUGAUACGGACGAUAUUCAAUCAGUCGCGGAUUUCUUUUUCAUGGAAGCUAUUGCUUUAUUCCUCGUUUGCAAUCUAAGGCAUAGCAACAAACAACUUUUUAUGAGUUCUUUUUUGCUGAUUCUACGAACAAUGUUUAACAUAAUUUAUAUCACUUCGACACGUGAACGCAUCGUAUAUUUACGACUUUCAGUAUCGAUUGAUUUAAUCAUUGAUAUUUUAUCAGUGUAUAAAUUAUUUAAAUACUUUGAAGAAUUUCGUUUGAUUCUUCCCCAUCAACGUCAACUUCGCGAAACCACUACAAUUGAUUGGAACGUUUUAAGGAUGGCCAUUAUAAUUGUACAACAUUUGAUGUUACUAUCAAACACAUUUGUUGUUAAUAAUCACGAUGAUUAUUUGGUUUAUAUUAAUAUUUACAAACCAAUUGCGGAAAUCGUGAUUCAAAUUUCGCUUUCAUAUUUAAUCAUGUUAGAUAUGGAAUUUAUCAAAAAUGAAAAUGAAAAUUUCAUACCGGUUGAAAAAUAUGAUAACGACAACCUUUUAGGAUCAGAAAAUUCCAUUGAAGACCUGGACGAAAACACAAAAGUUAUGGUUUCCGCCCAAGGAUUCGUUAUUAAACUAAUGGGUUUUAUCAAUAACGAUAAUUGA